UCUUCAUUCACUCAUUAAUUCGCUCUCAAUUUGAAUUUCUUUCUCAUUCUCACUCUCACGGUCUGAUACUGAAAGGCUACAACAACUUUCUUCACCACACAACACAAAUUAUUCGGACAAGUUUGGGAUAGUUGAUGACAUUUUGGGUCAUGGUUCAUCGCCGCCGCAUGUUCGCCGCCGUCCCCGCGCAUCUCGCCGGAUCCUCCGCGUUGUGUGCUGGCGUCUGGUCUCUCUCCUCCGUCUGAGCUCGGCUGCUCGCGCCUCUCUCGCCUCCGCGUCUGCUCGAGCGGUGCUUCCUGCUCGUGUCGUCGCCGCGCCUCCUCGCGUCUCCGCUUGAGCAUUGUCGUCCCUCGCGUGCUUGCGCUCUCCCUAUCCCUCAUAUUCUGCUAGUUCUUCGCAUUGUAAACAUAAGGAGAAGGACUGCCGCAGUGCCGUCAGCUUCUCCGCGUGACAUUCUUCUCUGCUCAUUGGAAGACCACCGAAGUUCCUCUAUUUUUCUGGGAAGUAAUGGAACUGUCUUCUGGAAUUCGGAAGCUGCUUUCCGGUGUCAAAACCAACAAAUCUACACUUUUUAACCUGAACUCAAUGCUUUAUCACUGUUAUCAAGAUGUUUCCAACCUACAAUGCUAUCAGAAUGACUUUUCCAAGCUAGAAGAAUUGACUCGGGUUCUGGCGAAUGUGGAUGCAAUUAAUGGAAAACUUGUUGACACAAUUAGUAAUUCAACCAUUUUUGAUGAGCAGAUUAAGCAUGAUAUGUGUACCUUCAAGUCUCUUGUCCGGGCCUUUAUUGGAUCUCCAACAGUUCAGCACAAAAUGAACCAUGUUCUGGUCUCCACCAUGGGAACACAAAAUGAACCAUUUUCUCCUUUCAGUCAAGCAAGAGAAAGAGAACCUAUAGUGAUUGAUAACCUUGCCAAAGUGAGCAACUUUCUUGAUGUUUCUACUCAACAAAGGAAGGUAGUUCGUUUCAAAGUGUGUCCACAAGCAACCCAGCACCGCAUAUUGAUUGGUACACUCAAGGAAGUUCUGAAUAAUUUUAAAGUUGAUUUGGAUGCUUUGGAUUCUCAGGGCUUAGACAAAGAUACUAUAAUGGGUCAGCAAAUUGUUCUUACCUGCUUGAAGUUUCUCACUGAAGCUGCUGUUUCCAAUGAACCUGAAUCCACUUCAUGGAUGAGGCUUUCACCUUCAAAAAAUGUCAACACCUCUGGUUCCCGGAAAUGGGAAGAUGUUCUUGAGAUGUUCAAUGAUCUGAUCGAGUAUUUUAGAGCCGAAACAAGAUUAAAGUUGCAUGUGGCUAAGGCUGAAGUCAUGAAAGAAGGGCUUUUGCAAAUCAAGGACAUUUUGAUUGACAACAGUAUUGGAUACAAGGAAGCUAGACACCAAGAACGCCUGGUGCAAAAGAAGCUUUCCAAAACAUUGGGACACUCAUCUCGCUGCUUAUUCACACUAUUAUUAUAUUACCUAUUUGGAAGAGUCUCAGAUAUUGAAGUAGAUAUGGCUGGUGGAGUUUACAAGAGUGGAAGCGACAACAAGAACUUGUUGUGUAUGGGAAGAAUUUUGACUUCAGAUAGUGAGAAGAUGAUUGGGCGCGGUGUGAAGCAAUUGGAUAAAGCACUUAGCCUUUUCAAGUUUGUAUGGGAAACUGCUGAAAUGAAAGGUCAUUUGGACCUUCAAGGCCAUUUGUGGUGUGUUGGAGAACACAACAGGGUGCUUAGGUACAGAGGAAACACAUACUUUCUUCAUGGCAUUUGCCUCUAAUCUUGGAAACUCAUGUAGUUGUUUUCAUGUGAAUUUGAUAGUUAAGAACCGUUAAAUAACAAUUUAGUCACAUAUGUCAAAUUAUCUAACGAUUCUUAACUAUUAAUGUCGCGUGAAGACAACUGUAUCUGAGUAUCUUUACAAAAUCAUUCAACCUCUAUUCUAUGAUUCUUAUUCUUUCCAUAGCUUUUGUUGUCACAAACAAAUAUUCAAUUGCAAAUUAUCUUGUGUAUGUGCCCAUUUUCAUAUGAAUAAUUUAGUUUAUUAGAUUUUGAAACAGUAUCUAAAUGAAGAAUGGAGGAUGCUGAUAUAGGAUUCAAAUGUGCCUUCCAUAAAUUCUAUGUACCUUAACUCUUCUUCAGAAAAUAUGCCAUAGGCCAAUAAGAAUAAGCAUAGAUUUUAAUUUUU